UCAAUGUGGAGUUGUUUACAACUAUGUAAUAUACAUUUAAAAAUAACAUUCAAAUAGUAAUUAAAAAGAGCUCGUCAACAUUCAAAAGGAAUCGUAUAAAAAAAAUUAAAAAGUUUUGAAACCAUAAAAAAGAUAAAUUCACUGCUGAUUGCACAUUUCAAUCAAGUUCUCAAAGUUUAUAAGUUAUAGUUAAAACGGGCCAUAUGUUGAAUUACAGUAGAAAAGUAAAUUUAAUCAGAUUAAUGCAAAUAAAAAUUGAAAUAAAUCACCUAAUAUACUCUAACGUAACCUAGCAAUUUGUAAAAUUGCAAAACACGCGUUUAUCGAUAAGAGAGCAGAAUAACUUCAUGAUAUUUCCAUUAGGAAAGUAAUAAACACAUUUCCUGUAUUUGGUAUAUAUUUAAAAAAAACAACUGAAAAUAUUUUCAUAAAAGAGAACUCGAAAGCCAAUUUGGUACAAGAGCACGUUUAGAAGUAAAAACAACAAAAAUAUGAAGGUAAAUCAGAUGCUUUGUAUUCUCUCUUGGGCAACGAUUGUAAUGACUUGUGCCUAUGCCACAACUUUAGAAGACGAGCAAAAUUCAUUAAGCUCUAGACAACAAAAACUUGAAGAAAGAAAUGAUUUUGUUAAAAUUGUAAAAGCUCCUGCACUUCGAAUUUCUCAACCUACGGGCUAUUCUGUUGAAUUAGAAUGUGAAGUCGUAGGGUCUCCAGCACCGGUAGUACAAUGGGUACAUGGUAGUGGACAAUAUGUUAACUUUGAUGAAUUUGAGACCAAUUUAAUAAGUGAAAGUGAUCCUACUAUUAUGACUACUGUAAAGGCACGUUUGGUAAUUGAACAUCAAAUUAGAAGUGAAAGUACGUAUACUUGUGUUGCGAAAUCAGGAGGGAAGACUGCAUAUGCAUCAACGACCGUCCAUAAAGGUCCUCGAUCGUUAAUUAAACAGCAAAAUUUAACCGACAAUUUUUUAUAUAAAACCAAUUUAUACGGUGCCUUGAAGCCUGUUCGCAUUACAAAUUUCAUAAAAUCUAUUUUAACUUUAAUGGGCUCCAAUUUAAUACUACCCUGUAGAACGAUUGGUCGACCACUUGCAGAUAUAACUUGGUUAGAUAUUGAUGGAAAUGUUAUUGCUGGAAAAGACCCAAGAUUUAAGACUUUGCCAACAGGUGAAUUGAUAAUCAGUGAUCUAAAAUGGUCUGAUAUGGGAUCUUACACAUGUGUAGCCAAAAAUGGUUUAUCAAAAGAUACUAUUUCCACAUUUAUUUACCCAAUAAAGGAUGAUUAAAUUUAUACAAUGUGAAGCCAAGCAUUUAAAUAACGUUUCGAUAAUUUAUUUAUAAAUUAUAGUUAAUACAUAUAAAUUAGAUUUUACUACCUAAUAAAUUCUGAAUUAAGUAGUUCAAACUUAGUAUUCCGCAUGUGCCUGGUAACGUAUUUAUUUAAAAUAAUUAAAUAUAAAAAUUAAAUAUCUGAAUUAAACGGAAAACAAUUUUAUUUGUUUGAUUAACCUAA